AUGGCGGACCCUGACUAUCGCUCCGUCUUCGGUGACCUCGAACUUGACGUCUUUACCGCCGAUGUCGAGGAUAUGGAGUAUAUGUUAAAGGACGAAAUUCAUGGGCAUCGAAUAUAUUUCGCCAUGCGAGGAAAAGCUCUUCUUAUUCGUUCAAGCAGUGGGAGCCAGAGAUUCGAAGCCGUGCAGCGCGACCGGUUCCUUAAGGAUAUUCCACGAGCAAUUAUAGAGAGCUCCACCCCUUGGAUGUCAUUGCAGGACACGACAGUGGCUUUUCGCUCUCGACACCGUCCUUUUUACUCCGACUCAGCCGACUGGACCCUCUAUCCGGGAUUUAACUCCGGGUCUAAGAGUUUCAUGUCGACGGGUCAAAAGAAACUGAUCGACGUAAACAGCCAGUAUGGAGCCUCGAUUCGCAACAUAUUACUGCCAAUCGAGAACUCGGAGAACAUGAUUAUCACGGUCACUAAGGAUUCGAGUGUAGCGGUUGAACUUCCUCGGUAUCAUCUACAUUUUGACCUCGAUUCUAAAGGAAGACUGGUCUGCAGAGAGCUCUCCGCGUUUGUCGAUUUUGGUCAGCAGCUGGGGACCUUCCAUGGCUUGCAGUCACGUCUGAUUUUACAGGCUAAGACCGAGGUCGCUGGUUCGAGAAUGCGAACAGUGCUCGUUCCGAAUGGCGAGGUGAAAAUAGCAUCCGCGAAUCCUCACCUUCGUGUUGAGGUCCAACUGGAUGACAGUGACUCUUUGAGCCUCUCACAGUUCCGAAUCGACGAGAGACUCGGCCAGCUUGUCAGUCAGGAUCUGGACGCACACCUCUACAAGGCGUACCUUCAUGCAAUUACCACGUUCCCCGAAGCCGAUGGCCUAACGAGGAGAACCGGGACUGAAGAAAGCCUAUUCGCCCUGUCGGACCCUAUCUGCUGCACUUGCCUACCUCUCAGCGCUCGUGCACAACACAUCUUGCGGUUGGUCUCACGGCUCACCCCGGUGAGGCGGUUUUAUCCUGUUCAUCUGAAGACCAUGCAGACCACAACUUUCCUCGAAUGCCUCCCAGUGUUGGCUCAACGAGAUAUCUUCUUCGGCACAGCUAAUGACAUAUUGACACACAAUAUGACGGCUUGCUCCUUGUUCGACGCUCAAGCGACUCCUUUACAUUACGAUGGACAGUUUGAUCUCUUGAGGCGAUCUCAUCAUCGAACGCGCAAGCUCUUCCCUAGCGAGUCGGUUGCUUCAGCCCCCGACUCUAUCGCUGAUGACGAAUAUUCUUCACGAGACCAGGACUCAAACGACCAUCUACAUGCAUCAUCGACCAUGGCUGGGCUUGUAGAGUUAUGGCCAUCUGCGUUGGAUGUUACUCCAUCUCUGAAAGACUUGGUGCUCAAUUGGCGGAAGAUCCGCGGGUUCUACGAAGAAUUUAACACCGAUUCCUUCUCGAGCCUGUUGGGCCAACGCAUGAAAGACUUGUUGCCUCGCCUGAUAGCCCUUUGCCAAUCACCGUCGACAUCUAGAGAACAUCUCGCCUUCAUACUCUCCCUCAUCGUCUUUGGUGGACCUCCUGAUCAGAAGCAGCUUCUUGAGCUUGGGAGGCAGCUAAGGUCCGCCCUAGCAUUCGCGACCUCACCCACCCUGAGAGCUCUUCCAACUCCGGGCCACGAUGAGUACGACUUAACUCAGGGCUGCUCAAUCGACCACGGAGAGAUCAGGACGCUUGUUUCUCGCUGCGAGAGAGAAUUUGUGCCCAGCGAAGCUGCCACUAGUAGCGAAGAUAAGGAUAACGACGUUAUCUCGGCCGAAAAGAUGAAGUUCGAGCAAGAGCUUGGAGAACAGCGUCACUUGAUCCUAGAAGCUGUAAAGUCUUCUUGGCCUGGCGAUCAAGUAAUGUUCACUUCGGUUUCCGGGAAACUAAGCCAUUGCAACCUUGCUGAUCUGAAAGCUCUGCUCAACGGCAGAUUUGUAGCGUGGCACAAGAACUACGUCUUUCUACUUCAACUCGAAGCAUACGACAAGGUGCUUGCGUCUGUCAAGAGCUCGUGCGUCGGGCCAGCAAUGCUGGAUCUGGUUCAAGACUUUGGAUCAACCUGCCCUCAGACCUCACCAGGCACGCACUUUUCGCUCCUUGACCGCAUGCAGGGGACGGCAGUGACCACCGGAGACUACAAUGAAAGCAAACCCACCUGUUUGGAUCAAGACUUAUCGCAGUCUCUGUCCCGAAAGCAAGCUCUGCGACUCCUUACUUCAAAUCAAGCUAGUCGAAGCCUGGAAGAGCUGGAGGAUAUCGUCACGGAUCUUAUGCAGGACCCGGCAGAGUCGGUUCGCUGCUAUGGAACAUUAAUUCGCGACAGCAUCGAAGCCAGCAGGCAGAGACAGGGGCAAGAGCAAACCAAGAUGGAGGUGCCUGCUGAAACAGUACUAGGCGCCAAACUCGUGGAGUCCAAGCGCCAGAUCACGUACAUUCUAUCCAAGACUCGGGACCUCAUUCGGCCUCUUCGACCUUCGCAGCAAGGGCUGGUCACGGCCAGACUGUGGCCUCAGGUGUCUGAAUUGUCCUUGCUUCAACUCCUUUGGGCCGAGCACCGCCGGCUCGUUCCCUUCCCUUGGUUGCCGAUCUUACUUCAGCUAGCGAAAGAGAUCACAGCUGCCCAGCGGAUUGAGCGACUGCAGAAGUUUCUUGCCACAGGAGACACAUUCGCUCUGAACAACGAGCUGGCCAAUCCCGCGCAUUCUGCAUGGUCUCCAGAGAGUCGGCCCGACUGGUUGCUGCUCGAGUGUCAGAACAAUAUGCUGAUCCGCCCUGUGCAGAUCCGUGUUGCCAACGAAUUGCUGAAGCCGCAGAACGGGGUAGUGCUUUUAGGUAUGGGCGAAGGCAAGACUAGCGUCAUCCUUCCUAUGGUGGCCACAGCCCUGGCUGACGGUAUGAGUCUGGUGCGGGUUGUAGUUCUCAAGCCCCUCGCGCAGGAAAUGCUCCGGACAAUGUCACUAUCUCUUGCCGGGCUCGUCGGACGGGCGCUCUACUAUUUGCCCUUCUCCAGGCAGACGGCUUUGACCUCGGAUACACCGCGCCUCUUGAAGAGUCUGUACGACGAAUGCCGCCAGAAGAAAGGUAUCCUGUUAACAUUACCUGAGUAUCUUAACUCCUUUCGCCUCGUUGGCCUCGACAAACUGGCCUCGGACACCCGUGCACUUGCUACCGAGCUCGUACGCGUUCAAACUUGGCUUGACAUCCACUCCAGAGACAUCCUCGAUGAAUCAGACGAGCUUGCAAGACCCUCCUAUGAGCUUGUGUACACGAAUGGUGAGGCAAAUCUUCUUUCAGGGGCCCCUGAACGAUGGAAUGUAGCAUUGGAAAUCCUGGACGUGGUGCGAAAGAAUGCGGAAGGCUUACGGGGCAGAUUUCCUACCGCUUUUGAAGUGGAAUCCCGUGGUCAAGGGUGCUUUCCUCAUAUCAGAGUCCUGGAUGACAGCGGUGCGACACCCUUGGCCUCAGUGGUGACCCAAGCCAUUGUCGAUGGAUAUGUUCCAACCCUGAGCCUUGGUCAUUGCAAUCCACACAUUCUCGAGGCCGUCAGCGCAUUUAUCCUCGACAUCGACGUCGAAGAUUCACAGUUUCAGUUGCUAAGAGAGCACUUCCAAGAUGCUGGUAGAUUCGACCUUCUCUAUGUCGCAAGAGGACUAGUUUCUCGUGGCAUCCUGAGUCACACCCUCGGUAAGCGCUGGCUAGUGAACUACGGACUGGACCGUUCUCGUACACUGAGUGCAGUUCUUUAUCGCGCGAAAGGCUUUUCUUCUCCCAGUGCCGAAUUUGCACAGCCAGAGGCGGCGAUACUGUUGACGGCACUCUCAUUCUAUUACACAGGUCUUCUCCGUGCGGAUUUGAGGCGCUGCCUGCUCAUACUGAUAAGGCUCCCUGAUCCUGCCGAUGCAUAUGCGAAAUGGGUGAGGCAAUCCACGCUCCCAAAAAAGUAUCACAGAGCUGCUUCCAUCAACUUGGAUGACGCAUAUUGUAUCGACGGGUUGUACACGCACCUCAAACACAACAGCGAACUGAUAAACUUCUUCCUGCGGCACGUCGUUUAUCCUUCAGAAGCCAAAGAGUUUCGAUACAAGCUAUCCACGUCGGCAUGGGAUCUGUGUCGGAGCGGUAAGGUUCUGACCGGCGGAUUUUCCGGCACAUGCGAUAGUCGGAUUCCAAUCAAACAGAAGGAUCUCCCUGAUCUGCGACACAUUCCCGCGACUACCUUGACCACGCUUUUGCGGUGGGAGAAUCGUCAGUACUUCUCUGCUGCGUCGCAAUCUGGUGGCCGCCUUACCACCAAGGAUUUGUUACAGCGCAUCAUCGCAGACGGACCCGUUGAUGUCUGCAUAGAUGUUGGUGCUCAAAUGCUCGAAGGGAACCUUGAAAUCGCUCAUCUGUGGUUGCAGCUCAGCCCGAAGGAGAAGCUUGCAGCAAUCUACUUCUCGGAUAGCGAUCAAAAGAUGGUUUUGAAUCGCGGUGGCUCAACGGAACCUUUAGUAUCCUCAAUUUUUAAAGACGAGCUUGGAAGCUGCUUGAUCUUCCUUAACGAAUUCCAUACGAGAGGCACGGACUUUCAACUCCCCUACAAUUUCACGGCAGCGGUCCUGUUGGGGCCUGACAUCCUGAAGGACAGCUUGGCACAAGCCUGUAUCCGGAUGAGGAAGCUGGCGGUCUCACAGUCGGUCAGGUUCUACGCACCACCCGAGGUUGACCAGGCGAUUCGAAGCGUCAUGAAAGAUCCAUCCGAGGAGGUCACCAGCUUGCACGUCGUCUUUUGGGCAAUCAAGCAGUCCUGUCUUACCCUGAAGAAGCAGGGCCCGCUCUACGCGACCCGAGGUCUGUUGCACUCGCGGCGACGACUUGCGGCAGAGCGCCAUGUGUCGCCAGAAGGCAACAUUAUCAACCCCGAACGCUACCUUGACACUGUUCGCGAGCGUGAAUGUCGCCCUGUGUCUGAGCUCUACCGGGUGGGUCCAUGCUCUCGCGCCGAGAUGCCCUUUGAACCCACAGUCGAAGAGAGUCACGAUGCCGUCAUGAAAGAAUUGGUUGUCGAAUUCGACCGCAACGACAGCUCCGGCUGUCAAGCUGGCGGCAUUACCCAAGAGCAGGAGCGUGAGAUCCUGCACGAAGUUGAAGAGGAGCGCGAGCUACAGCGUCCGAGAGAAGUGCAACCUGCCCUGCCUCAGCACUGCCGGAGUCUGAUAGAUCAUGUUCGGGAUGGGACGCCAUUCACUGCCACUUCGGAGCUUCGUCCGUGCUUUGAAGUCCUCCGACAGACACGACUUGAGUAUCUCUACAAGCCAGAGGAAUUCCCCACGCAUGUCUUGGUGACGCCAUAUUUCCUGCGAACCAUCAAACCUGUCGGCAAUUCUCCGCAAGACGACUUCCUCCGACCAGUCCAGUGGGUCCUCAAGAGUUGGGAUCUCGCGCAACCCGUACUCAUCAGCUCGCACGAAGCUCAGAUGUUCCUGCCGGUGAUCCGCGCGUCAAAACGCACUACCCUGUACAUGUACCAGGCUCGAACCUCCCGAGAUAUGGUCCCUUUCGAUGGUCUUGACAUUUGCAGAAUCCCCGCCAAUAAUCGGUCUGGCGAGGUCAAGCCCCUGGCGAUUGCUCUUCUCAAUCUCUUCGCCGGGCAGCUUUACUUCAGCUCUUUCGAGCAUUACAAUGAGAUGUGCACCGUGAUUGGCCUUUUCGAUGGAGAGCGACCCUUGCCUCACAAGCGGAACGUCGCCGACGACAACUUCGUCUCGCCUACUUGUCGUCUGGCGAAUGACUGGACGGAGUGCACCUUCAACACAAGUCCGGUGGGUUGGAUCAAGUCGUUCAUCACCAUGCGGCGUUUGGGAAUCGAGUGGUCACAUACGCAUAUGGGCCGGGUCUUGAACGGCCAGAUCUUGCGCAGAGAGGAUUUCGAGGAAGGAGACGACUUGGAGCACGCAAAGGAUCUGGUGGAGGAUAUGGCGGGUCUGGCUGUUGAUGAGAAGGUUGGCGUGGACGAUGGCGAGGCUCCUCAUGCCGCAUGA